GGUGUUUAAAAUCUUUGAGCUCUGAGAAAACUUCACAGUCUGUGUGUUAGGUGAGAGGUGAGGGUGGAUGGAUCUUUUGAGAGAAAUCUUUGCACUAUGGGAAUGCACGCCAGGCAGUGUUUUGUUUGGAUACUUCUGAAAGGGACCAUUUGUUUGUUGGUUCUUGGGCAAGACGACACCCACAGCAACUUCACCUUUGGAAAAGCAGCAAUUUCUGAGCUCAACAGAGAACAUGGACCUUCGACACUCAAGCACUGGAUGCUCCAAACCAGGAGUCUGACUAAGAACACCAAGAGUCCUGUCCAUUCCUCUGUCCCGAUCUCAAAGCAGGGAUUCUGGGAAAUGCUCGGAGUACCCUCCCAAUCAGACUCUGACCCAUCUUUAAAGAUAAAACUUCGUCCCAUUGUGAAAGUUCAUGGAGCUUCCAAGUUUUCCAAGAUGUUUGGUUCGGGGGAUUUUUAUGCCAACAUCAAGACAGUCAAACUGAAUCUGCUGAUAAUGGGAAAGAUCGUGGAUCAUGGGAACGGCUCACUUGGAGUCUACUUCCGCCACAACUCUACAGGUGUGGGAAAUGUGUCUGUCAGCCUCGUCCCACCGAUGAAAGAGGUGGAGUUCGAUCUGGAACGGCAAAGCGUGGUCCACCCCAAAGACUCAAAGACCUUCAACUGUCGGGUGGACUACGAGAAAGUGGAACGCAACAAGAAGGUCAUGCUGUGUAACUACGACCCGUCGAAGACCUGUGCUCACGAGCAGACCCAGAGCCACGUGACCUGGAUGUGCUCCAAGCCCUUCCAGGUCAUCUGCAUUUAUGUGUCUUUCUACAGCACAGACUACAGGCUGGUGCAAAAAGUCUGCCCAGACUACAGCUACCACAGUCCAGGACCCUACCUGCCCCCAGGUUGAUGGGAGAUCAACCUCACAACACAGCACAGCAAAGUUUUAGGACACACAAAAAGAGCAAUAGGGUUUGAGCAACUAUUUUUUUGUCUUUGGAAAUGCUUAACACGUUUUCAAGGAAUUCCAUUUUU